AUGCGGCCCGUCAUCGUGGUGCACGGCGGAGCCGGCCGCGUCUUUGCGGAGCGGGAAGGAGGAUGUCGCUCCGGGGUUGUCAGAGCUGCCCUGCGGGGGCACCGGCUCCUCGCAGAGGGGGGCACUGCCCUGGAUGCGGUUGAGGAGGCCGUGCGGUCAAUGGAAGAUGAUCCUCACUUCAACGCAGGCUGUGGAUCUGUUCUAAAUGAAAAAGGUGAAGUAGAAAUGGACGCCAUUAUCAUGGAUGGAAAAAAUCUAGCUUCGGGAGCAGUAUCUGCAGUUAAAUGCAUAGCAAACCCUAUAAAACUUGCUCGACUUGUUAUGGAAAAGACAAAACACCUGCUGCUGACGGGCCAUGGGGCUCAGCUCUUUGCUCGAGCCAUGGGGAUUCCUGAGGUCCCAGAGGAGAAACUCAUAACUGAAAGAUCCCGGGAGAGAUGGAAGAAGAACCUCGAGCCAGAUUCCAACCCCGAAGAGUUUCAGAAGGACCUGGGAACAGUCGGUGCUGUUGCUAUAGACAGCGAAGGAAACGUCGCUUGUGCAACAUCCACUGGAGGACUCUCCAACAAGCUGAUCGGCCGUGUUGGUGACACCGCCUGCAUAGGAAGUGGAGGUUAUGCUGACAACUGCUGUGGUGCAGCUUCAACCACGGGACACGGGGAGAGCAUCAUGAAAGUCGUCUUAGCCCGGCUGGUCCUCUACCACAUGGAGCAAGGAAUGUCACCGGAGAUGGCUGCCGACGCUGCGCUGAACCACAUGGAGACGCGAGUCGGGGGCCGGGGGGGUGUCAUCGUUGUUAACCGUGCCGGGGAGUGGGCAGCGAGGUUCUCCACCAAGCAGAUGUCCUGGGCUACCGUGAAGGACGACCAGCUGCUCUAUGGGAUCCACGCUGGGGAGAGGCACACCAAGCCCCUUGGGGAAGCACUUGCGUCCGUAUGUGAGGGGUUCUGA